AUGGUCGAUUUUUGUCACAAUUUAGGUAUUGUCGUGACAGUCCACAAUCCUCUCGGAUCUGGCGGUAUAAUUCAUGAGACUGGUAUCAGAAGAAAGCGCGACACGAUCGAAUUGCCGUCAGUUAUUCAAAACGAUGUCGUAAAGUCGAUUGCUAAAAAGCAUAACAAAUCACCUGCUCAGGUCACGUUACGUUUUGGAUUACAGAGGAAUCUGGUAGUCAUUCUAAAAAGUUCUCAUCCCAAGAGAAUACGUGAAAAUUUUGAUGUAUUUGAUUUUACUUUAACUGAUAGUGAAAUGAAACAGUUGAAAGCAUUAGAUCAGCACGGGAGAUAUAGAAAAUUCGCGAUGAGCACUGGCUUUCCUGGGGCCGAGAAUCAUCCGGAGUGUGAGAGAAUUAUCCUAAGUGACGAGAAUGUUUGA